AUGGAGGGAUUCAGAUCGAUGUUAACAGAUUGCAACCUUGAAGACUUGGGCUAUUCUGGACAAUGGUUUACUUGGGAACGAGGCAAGUUGGAAUCAAAUAAUAUUUGGGAGCGCCUCAAUCGUGGGGUUACACAUCCAAGCUGGUGGGAGCGCCUCAAUCGUGGGGUUACACAUCCAAGCUGGUGGGAGCUUUUUCCUAAUUUUCAGGUGGGUCACUUACACACUUUCUUAGAUCACUGUCCGAAUCUGCUUACUACUGAUGGUGAGAUAAGCGAAAAUAGGAGGAUGUGGAAUUUUUGUUUUGAGGCUUCAUGGCUUAUGGAAGAUUCAUGUGAGGCAGAGGUAAAGCGACUUUGGAGUGGUUCGAGUGAUACGGUCCCUACCCGGCUGAAAGAAUUGGCCAUGAAUCUUGAAGCUGAUCGGGAAGAACUCUAUUGGGAGCAAAGGGCAAGGGCAGUGCUCCAUCUUUGUAUUGAUGAAUCGCAAAGCGCUUUUGUCCCGGGCCGGCUUAAAACUGACAAUGUGAUUACAGCUUAUGAGGUGCUUCAUUCGCUAAAGAAUAAGAGAGUGGGUAAUCGAUGA